GCCGGUGACGCGCCCGGCCCUGCCCGCCCGGGGCGGCGGCGGUGGCGGGGCCGGUCCCGGUGGUGGCGGCGGCGGCCGGUGCGCGGCGCGGGCGGGCGGGCCGGUCCCGUCCCGGUGCCGGUCCCAGUCCCAGUCCCGUCCGGUGUCGGCGGGGCGAUGCCGUUCCCGGGCGGGCUGUGGUGGCUUCUGUGCUGCCGACAGGGCUUUACGCUGCUGCGGCGGGACUACGGCGAGGCGGACCGGGAGGCGGACGGCGAGGCCGAGGAGGAGGAGGCGUCUUUCGAGCUCCGCGCACAGGGAGAUCAGGGGUCCCUGGAGGUGAGCCUGAGCCAGCCCAUGCGCAGCAGCAGUGGCUCAGAGCGGUCCCUGCUCGUUGCAGAGGAGAUGCGCAGCCUCAUCGUGGAGAAGGGCCCGGGGCCAGUGGAGGAUGACCCCGACGCUCUCGUGAAAGGCUGGCUGCAGCGGGAGGUGCGGGGCGGCGUGAAGACCCCCUGGAUCCGACCUCGGAAGUACUGGUUUGUGCUGACGCCUGACUCCCUGGACUACUACAGCAGCAACGAGAAGGGGGCCCGGCGGCUGGGCUCCCUCGUGCUCACCAGCCUCUGCUCCGUGCUCUGGCCGGACAAGCAGACCUAUAAGGAGACAGGCUACUGGAGCGUGACGGUGUUUGGCAGGAAGCAUUGCUACCGCCUGUACACGGAGCACCUGAACGAGGCCGUGCACUGGGUGUGCGCGGUGCAGAAGGUCAUCGACAGCAAAGUGCCCGUCCAGACGCCCACCCAGCUGCUCAUGCGCGAUGUCGAGGAGCACUGCGGCAGCCCCGAGGUCCUGGAGCAGAUCUACCGCUGCAACCCGAUCCUGCGCUACACCAGCAGCCCCCUCUACGCUCCCCUGCUGCCCUUCCCCUACGGCAGCCUGGACCAAAGCGCCCCCGGCCCCCGCAGCUACACCACGCUGCGCGACGAGGCCGUGAAGCUCUUCAACUCGCUGCAGCAGCUGGAGUCGGAGCGGGACCCGGUGCCGCUGAUGCAGGGCGUUCUGCAGACCUGCCUGGACCUGCCGCCGCUGGUGGACGAGAUCUACUGCCAGCUGGUGAAGCAGACCACGGAGCCGCUGGCGCCGGGCGGGCAGGGCGACCUGCACUACUGGCAGCUGCUCACCUGCAUGAGCUGCACCUUCCUGCCCUCCCCGCCCGUCCUGCGCUUCCUGCGCUUCCACCUGGACAGGACAGAGAGCCGGUUCCCCACCUCGGAGAUGGCCAAGUACGCCUGCUUCAUCCGGGAGGCGCUGGGGAAGACGAAGGGGCGGGAGUGCGUGCCCUCCCUGGAAGAGAUCCUGGUGCUGAUGCGGCGGCAGGAGAUGAUCUGCACCGUGCACUGCCCAGGGGCGCCCGCCUGCAGCGUGGCCAUCAGCUCCCACACCACGGCCGAGGAGGUGGCCCGGGAGCUGGUGUCACGCCUGGGGCUGUCCCAGAGCCCCAACCUCUUUGCGCUCUACGAGCAGACCCGGCGGCGGGAGCAGCCCGUGGGCAGCGCCACGCUGCUGGCCGACGUCCUCACCAGGUUUGAAAACCUGGCCGGGGAGGAGCGGGAGCAAGACCCGCCAUGCCGGCUCUGCUUCAAACACUACGGCUUCCUGGACACGGACAACGUCCCGCGCGACAGCUUGGAGUUUGCCCUCCUCUUCGAGCAGGCGCACGAGAUGGUGCUGCGUGGCUACGUGCCCACGUCGGAGGAGACGCUGCAGACGCUGGCGGCGCUGCGCUUGCAGAGCCUCAACAGCGACUUCUCCACCCACGCCCCCUUCCCGCGCCUGGAAGAGCUCUUCCCGCCCCACGUGCUGCACGCCCGCCUGCCAGCCCCCCGCCACCGGCCCCCCACCAAGUGCCGGGGGGCUCGGCUACGUGCGGGGCUGCUGGCCGGCGGGCUCUGGGGGCAGGCGUUGGCCAAGCAGCGGGCGGAGCGGGACCAGCGCCUGCGGGGCCGCCUGCGAGAGGAGGGGGCCAGCACCAUGGCUGCUAUCGUGGAGAAGUGGAAGCUGCUGCAGGGCAUGGGCCGGCCAGAGGCCAUGGCCGCCUACGUGGCACUGGUGCGGGAAUGGCCCGGCUUCGGCUCCAUGCUCUUCGAUGUCGACCUGCGUGCGGUGAGACCCUGGCAGGGCAGGGGCAGCGGGCAGCCCUGGCAGCGGGCAGCCCUGACACCCCUCUCCCUGCAGAGCCCAGUGGGGGCCGGGUCCCAGCGGCUGUGGCUGGGCAUCGGGGCCAAGGCCGUCUCGCUCUACAAGCCAGGGGAGCCCGAGCCCUUGGACAGCUUCUGCUAUGGCCGCAUCUCCUCCUUCGGCGCCUCCGACAGCAGCACCUUCCGUCUCUCUGUGGAGGACCGGGACCUGCUCUUUGAGACCUCCCAGGUGGAUGAGAUCGCCCAGCUCCUCAACACGUACCUCGCCUCUGCGGGUGCCCGGCGGCUAUCCCGGCCCCAGGAGCCAGCCGCCAGCCCCCCAGCCCCCGCCGCGCCAUGCCAGGGGCUCUGCCCCACAGCAGGGCCGUGGCAGCACCAGCCACCCGUGGGCUCCUUCCACAGUUAGCCUGGCAGCCAGCGUGGCCAUGCAGGGUGCUCCUGACGCACGGCGUGGGGAGGGCGGCUGGCCCGGCAGCGAGCGGCAGGUCUGUGCUGGUCCCCAGCCGUUCCCUGGAGCGGGGGGGACAGGGGCUCGUGCUCCCUGUGCCGCUGUUGCCUUUCUAGUUAUUUCCUUAAUUUAUUUCGAGACGCUCGCGCCCCCCACGUCUCCCAGCACUUUCCCUGGAGGGCAGCAGGGCCGCCAUGCCGUGGUCUCCUGCACUGUCCCCAGGCCUGUCCCUGUCCCCUGUCCACCUGGUGCCUUCACCUCCAGCACUCGUGCUGCCUGGCAGCUCUGCCCGCGCCCCGGCUCUUGCUGCCCUAGGGGCUUUGCCUGGGCCAGGGGGUGCUGGGCAGCGGUGCUGUCCGUCUGUCUGUCUGUACGUCCGCUGAACCCACCCCUCCUGGAAAGCUGCGGGCGGCUUUUGGCCGAGCCGCCUCGGGGACUAGUGGGCUCCGAGUGGCCGGGCCCUGCCGCUUUGCGGUGGCCCCAUGGCGGGGCUCGUGGUGCAGGGGUGGCCGGCGGGGUGGUGGCUGGUACGGCUGGGGCUUGGCCCCUCAGUGUUGCCUCUGUAAAGUUUGUCGGUUCUGUCUUGGGGAGGGGGGGGGUGGGGGUGUAAUUUGUUUUUCUAAAUAAAUGCACAAAAAAAA